CACUUUAUUCACGGCUUCCAACUGCCAUUACUUCUGCGUAGGUUCCUGGACGUCUGUGAGAAUUUUCGUUGGAAUAAUCUUAUUAAAUUAAAAAUGCCUGAUAGCAAAGAAGAACCAGUAUAUGGAGGAUGUGAAGGCCCAGAUGCUAUGUAUGUUAAACUUAUUUCAUCCGAUGGUCAUGAGUUCAUAAUUAAAAGGGAAUAUGUGCUUACAUCUGGCACCAUUAAAGCCAUGUUGAGUGGUCCUGGACAAUUUUCUGAGAAUGAAACGAAUGAAGUAAAUUUCAGAGAAAUACCAUCCCACGUCUUACAGAAAGUAUGUCAGUAUUUUGCUUAUAAAGUGCGUUAUACAAAUAGUUCAACCGAAAUACCAGAAUUUCCAAUUGCACCUGAAAUAGCUCUGGAAUUGCUAAUGGCUGCCAAUUUCCUCGAUUGUUGAUUAUUUUUUAUGUAUGAUUGCUCGUUUGUAUAGAUUUACUGAUAAAGUGUCUUCAUAAAAUGUGUUACGAUGCAAUGUUCUGUAUGAUGCCAGGGGCAUACCAAAUUUUGUGUUUAGUUAUGUAAAGAGAACUGUAAUAGUUGGUAUGAUAAACUUCUGCAGACACACAAUGCAGCUUCUUAAUUGUCAGUAAUAUUGUGCUCAUUCAGCUCAUAAAAUUGUAAAAUCUGCAUUACUUCAGUUUUUUAAAUUGGAAUUUUGAUUGUGUUACCUAUAAUAAAAGCAAGUAUGUAAAACAA